CCUAUGCAAUUGGCUGUCCUGGCCGCAAUGGCAAUGACAUAUUGGCUAUCCAUCGCGGUCUACCGGUUGCACUUGUCUCCUUUAGCUAAAUUUCCAGGGCCAAAGCUCGCCGCCCUGACUGGGUGGUACGAAUUCUAUUUCGAUUAUUGGAAAGAAGGCAAGUAUAUCUUUGAGAUUGAACGUCUACAUCAAGUCUACGGACCGAUUGUGCGAAUAAACCCCGAUGAGCUAUCUAUUCAUGAUCCUGCAUUUUACAACGAGGUUUACGUGACGGAGAGUAAGAGGCGGACGAGCCAUUAUGACGUGUUUUGCAAAGGGAUUGACUUCGACGGAUCGCACCUUCUUACGGUUGAUCACGACUUGCACCGCAAGCGGAGAAAGCCUCUUGAGCCCUUUUUCUCCCGGAUGGGCAUAUCUCGCUUACAAGAUAUGCUAGCUGCAGUUGCCUUGAAGCUGGAGGGGCGUCUCCGCGAAUUUGAGGGAAGGCACAAAGUGAUCCGACUCGAUCAUGCCUUUUCGGCCUUUUCAGGUGAUAUCAUCGGAAGGAUCUGUCUGGAUCGUGACGACGCUGGGGACGAGUUUCUGGAUCACCCCGAUUUUGCACCAGACUGGUACAAUCUGAUCCAUAAUCUUGUCCGUUCACUUCCGCUAUUCACCGGCUUUCCUUGGAUUGUUCAGCUAGUAAGCUACGUCCCUGAAGGGAUUCUGCUAAAGCUCUUUCCGCAAGGGCAAGUCUUCAACACAUUCAAGACCGUUGCGCUGCGUAACAUCACCCGCAUCUUGCGUGACAGCGAAACAAACAAAGAACACAGGAACAACACCUCGCUAUUCCAUCACAUUGCCAGAAGCGAACUGCCCGAGUCAGAGCGAUCUCCUGAGAGGUUGGCCAAGGAAGCGCAAGUUUUACUUGGGGGCGGAACCGCUAGCACGGCCCGGACCAUCGGUUUCGCCUCCUAUUACAUUCUUUCUAACCCACAGAUUCGGUCGCGUCUCCAAGAGGAGCUGCGAGAGCUCAUGGCUGAGUGGCCCGACCGGGUCCCCAGCGCAAGUGAGCUAGAGAAACUGCCGUACUUGCAGGCCCUCAUCAAGGAAUCCCUGCGCCUCAGUUAUGGAGUCAUGCACCGGUUGCCUCGCAUCUCGCCCGACAUUCCCAUCCAGUACAAGAACUACACAAUACCCGUCGGGACACCUGUGGGAAUGUCAGCUUAUUUUAUGCAUUCCGACCCUGUGGUCUAUCCCGACCCGAAGGUCUUCCGUCCUGAGCGCUGGCUCGGGUCCAUUGACCCAGCCAUGCAUCAGCAAUACGUGCCAUUUUCUCGCGGAUCACGUAACUGUCUCGGUCAGAAUUUGGCCAUGGCAGAGAUGUCACUUAUCCUAGCUGUGCUCUACCGGCCUAAUGGACCCAAGCUGGAGUUGUAUGAUACGGACGAAAGCGAUGUGAUUCAAACACACGAUUUUGUAAUCCCACUCCCUAAAAUCACGACUAAGGGAGUCCGGGCACUGAUUCGUUGAGAUGUGGCUCUGUCAGCGGUGGAGACAGCCUGUGCUUACAAUGCAACCGCUAUUUGUUAAACGGACUCCUACACAUUCUUGUACACCUCAGAUUAGUGCUAGAG